AUGGAACGGUUAAAACGACGCGAUGAAAUUGUUUUUCAUUCGUCUGUCACUUUAUUUGAAGAUGAGUUAGCUGAUCAUGGUAUUGCUCAGGUUAGUUUAUUUGUUGUUGUUGAAAUGGAGAGAAUAAUUUGUGUAUUUUUCAGCUUUCGGCGAGAAUUCGAGUCAUGGAUGCUGGCUAUUUUUUUGUGCUUUUGAGAUUUUAUAUGCGAGUUGAUAAUGUUCUUGUUAGGUAAGUUUGAAGAGUUUUUCUUUGAACCGGUUUUCUUGAAAUUCAGAAUUUUAAUAAAACAUAUUUUUUGAAACCUAGAAAUAAAUUUUAGAACAUACUUCAAUAACUAUUUGAAAAAACCAAUUUUGUAAUAAAAAAAAAUAUGACAAAUUUUUCAAGACAGGCUUUUGUCUUUGAAAAAAUAAUCCAAAUCUUAUUCGAUUUUCAGAUGUUGUGAUACACGAAUCGUUGGAGAUGAUAAUCAAGACUUUAUAAUUAGAGAAUGGCAAUUAAGAGAAGCGAAAUAUGAGCAACUGAAACACGUAUAUCCGGAUGAUUUAUUGGAUAUCGAUAGAGCAUGGAUGCAUCUUCCAAUUGUUGAAACGAUUUCCGAAAAAAUUCAAGCGCUUUAA